CUCACCUCCUCUCCUCCCUAUUUUCCAGAGAUGCUGCAGACUGUGUCCUCAUCAUCACGGCUCAACUGAUCGUCUCCCUUCUUCUGCUUCUCCCUCUCCUCGCCGUCGAGCUCGUCUCCGGCGGAUCACCUGAGUCUACCGGAUAAGGACUCCCAAUGUCAUGAAGAAUGAUCUUCCAAAUUAGACAUGAUAAUCGCUUUGGAUUUCUGCCACACUGGAAAAAUAUGUGAAAAUAGGCCCCCGCUGUGCCUCUAAGGCUCUUUGAUGGGUAGACAGACUUUUUUUGUAAUUGAUGCCGUGGAUGACUGAUUUUUAAAGUGCUCUUGAGGGUGUCAUAAACUCAGAGCUGCUUCCAUAAUGUGUGAGCGAGGAGAGCCCCUCGGUGAGGGGGAGUUAAGGAAUAACAACCGACAGGGUGGCGUGUUGACUGAUAGCGAUGCCAAUGCCAAUGCAGUUCAGACAGAGGAUGGUGGGAGAACUAGGGAAACAGGCUCUCUGUCAGCACUGAUGACUGAAACAGCAGAGCAGGAUAAAGUGAUCAUCUGGGGCACCGACUCUCAGUGUGACGAUCCCGAGCUGGCGGAGUUUGAGAUGCUGGAAUGUCAGGAGCUGGAGGCUUAUCUGGUUGAGGACGGGGAGGACUUUGUUGGGCUUGCAGAGCGGAAGGAGCUUCAAGAACAGCCAUCGUCAUGCAGAAAAUCAACAAUAGGACAGGCAACAGAUAAUAAGAACAGGGAAGAGGGGAAGUCAGUUCCACAUGGUGCCAGUGAACAGGAAUCCUCACAAGCCUCUGAGAGCAGAGAGGCGUCCAAGACGGAGUUAAGCUCUGAAACAGAUGUCUUUGUGUCCUGUCUGUCCACUAUUUCAAGCUUAGCCACCGCUAUGGACACUACUGGCAGAACCCAGAUGACAGACUCCUGGCACAUGGCCUCUGGUCCUCAUUCAACUAUCUCAGAAGACAUGACUCUGGCUUCCCAGACUUGUGCCACCAUCUCUGAGAGCAAAAAGGCCUCUGAAAGAGCUGAUCGUCCAUCCUCGUUCCCUAGAAAAAGCACAAUACACCAAAAAGAUGUGAACCUCAAUUUGAAUUCAGCACUUCACUCGGAGGAGGUUGCUUUACAGGCACAAGUGAACAAUGCAGUUUUAUGCAAGGAUGUUGGUGAUGAGCACAGGAAGAACAAUAACCAGAGGAACAGAGCAGGGAAUGCCGUAUCGGUGGAUAAUUAUGAUGGUACUGAGCACAAGGUUGUGCCCUCUGCAACAAAAACUCAUGAAGAAAGCAACACUAAAAUGGAUAAAAGCACACAAGCUGAUGAAACCCCUGGUUUGAACUAUGGGCCAUCCAAAACAGGUACAAAAGGGACUCAGUCAUCAGUUGAACCUAAAGUCAUAAAGAAGCAAGGCUCAUUCGAUAACACAUUGAAGAAACAAAACUCUUUUGACAGGAGUUAUAAAAAGCAGCCUUCGUUUGAGAAUACUUUAAAGAAGCAGCUCUCUUUUGAUAACAGCUUAAAAAAGCAGGGCUCCUUUGAGAACACCAACACCUCCAGCUCUUCAAGUCUGGAGAGGAGGAAGCCGUGGGGAAGCCCCAGUCGACCAGCAACUCCUUCGUCCCCUAAAGCUACCUCCUGUUCCCCCAAGAGACGUCCUCCUGGUUCUCCAGCCAAGGUCCAGGGCAUCAGGGCACUGAGCUUGGAGCGCAGUGACUCCCCUCUCAGAGAUACAAAUCAAACUUUCAAGCCACCGGGGAAGACAAGUUUGAGCAGCGGCAUCCCCAAACCUGUCAUACCCCAACAGAAGGAGGUAGAACCCAGGAGGUCUUCUCCCCCACAGAAGCCCAAAAACGUCCGACCAAAAAUCAUCACUUAUGUUCGGAAAAGUGCUCCAGCAAAACCCGAAGCUCCACAUGAAGCCUCUACACACCCGCCAAGAUUAUCCUCUUAUUCCAACCCACCAGCCCACAAAGAUCCAAAGGGUGGUCCACAUCUGAAAUCCACACCGGUGCUCUGUUCCUCCAACCUGCUGUUUGAUAAAUACAGGCAGGAGAUGCAGAAAGCAGGUUACUAUCCUCCGGGCAUCGCUGCGACUGGGAUGAAACCUGCGAGCAGCAGCGUCGCUCAGAGGCUGGGUGGGAAGUCGGACAGCUUUCAUGAAGAGAUGUCGGAGAAAUAUCUGCAAGAGCAUGCUCCCCAGGAUGGAGGAAAUGUCUACCGCUCACCCAGAGCACUGAGGCCUCAGCUGGGGUUAGGGGCCGUCACCAGGCAGCCUGCAGCCAAGACAAGAGCACAGCCGAUGGGUCAGAGGUCAGCACCGGCCACAUGCCAGUCUGCUCAGACAGCCAGAGCAGCUCAGGAUCUCACAGCAGAGCAAAAGAGGUCAGGCCCAGAAACGACCCCGAAGAGUCUCCUGCUCAAAUCAGGCCAGUCCGGUCUCCGUCCUCCGGGCUUCUCCGCCCUGCCAGCUGCCCGUCUGGCCGCCUUCGGCUUUGUCCGGAGCUCCAGUGUCUCGUCUGUGUCCAGCAACCAGUCUAAUGACAGCAGCCACAGUGAUCCCAGCCGACCUUCUCAACAUCCCAGCAGUGGCAGUGAAGAUACUCCUCUUCAUAAAGCCACAGCACCGCCCAGCAAAGCCCCCCAUCCUCAGAGCCGGCCUCAGCCUCCCAACGCCCCCAGCCUCCAGCGCCGCAGUCUGCCGCCACAGCCCUGCUCCCCACUGGCCUCCAGGAAAGAUUUGCAGAAGGACACAGAGCCUGCGCCAUCACCAAAAUCCUCCCCUAAAAGAUUUGCAGUGGUUUCACCGAAACCACAAUCUCCCGCAGCGGUUCACGGUGCCGUUCGGACAGACAGGACGCAGGAGUUGGACCGAGCUCUGAUCCAGCGGCUGCGUGAACGCUGUGAGCAGCAGGCCCUGCAGCUGCAGAGCCUCCAGGCCGAGUUAAAGAAGGCCUCGCUGUGCCUGGAUGUCUUCAGCAUCACCACCCAGCACUUCUGUCACAAGAGCGAGAGCGCCAUUGUGAAGGAGAGGGAGCUGUCCCUGGAGCUCGCCAGAAUCAGGGAUGAAGUGGCUUUCAGCGUCGCACACUGGGAGCAACUGCAGCAGGAGAAGGAGGAACUGGAGCGUCGUUUCGAGGCUGAGCUGCAGGGAUUGCGGGCCCAGCAGCAGAGGGAGCUGGGAGCGCUUGAGGAGCGGCUGAAGGCGAAGCACAUGGACGAGACCAAGAGCCUGCAGGCCCAACAACGAGCCGAGCUGGAGGAGCUGCGUUUCAAACAGCAAGAUCAGCUUGAGGAGAUGAGCGAGAACCAUGAGGCGUCCUUGAUGGAGAUGGAGACGGCUCACAAUGACACACUGGCUACUCUGCAGGAGGAGCAUGCCAGGACCGUGAAGAAUUUGAAGAUGGCCCACGAACAGCAGAGGAAAUCUCUAGAAGAAGAGUUUGAAAAGAUCAGACUGUCACUGCAGGAUCAGGUGGACACGCUGACGUUUCAGAACCGAAGCCUCAGAGAUCGAGCGAAGCGAUUUGAAGAAGCUCUUCGCAAGAGCACAGAUGAGCAGAUAGUGGAUGCUUUGGCACCAUAUAAACACAUCGAGGAGGACCUGAAGAGCCUGAAAGAAGUUUUGGAGAUGAAAAAUCAACAAAUCCAUCAGCAGGAGCUGAAGAUUUCAGAGCUGGAGAAAAUACAGGCUGAAAAGAAUGUGUACCUGGAGGAGAGAGUACAGGUGUUACAGCAGCAGAACGAAGACCUGAAGGAACGAAUAGACAAAAAUCUCGCUGUGUCCAGGCAACUCUCUGAGGAAAAUGCCAACUUGCAAGUGCACGUGGAGAAGGAAAGCAACGAGAAGAAGCGUCUGAGUCGCACCAACGAGGAGCUGCUGUGGCGGCUGCAGACCGGCGAGCUGAGCCCUCGCAUGUCCCCCAGUUCCUCCCCCAUCCAUCGGCCGUCCUCCGGCCCAGGCUCCCCCGCCCGCCCACACUCCUACCAUCAAUGACUCUCUCAUGGAAGCUCCUCUAUCAAACACUUUCUUUUAAUUUGGUGUCAGAUACCCAGAUUUUUUAAGAACUCUUCUAUGAAUGUUCCUCUCGGUUAAAAGGGAAGGACUUUACAUCAUAUACAUGGACAGUAUUUCCAAAGUUGAACCCCAGGAAUUUUAACUUUUGACCCAAUGAAUUGUAUUAAUGAUCUCACCUCUUAUUAUCCAAGAGGGAAUUCUCCACUUUUUUUCUAUUCCACAUCAACACCCCCACAAACAGAAGCACUAAAAUACUCCGGUUACAUUAAAAAAAAAAACAAAAAAAACCUGGUCAUUGUAGAUUCCAGUCAACAGAAUCAAAGUCACGGUGCCUCAGUUCUAUGUUUUCGCCUCCAUCUGCAUCUCCAUCUUCUCAUCCAGCGCUCAGGAUGAUGGAUGAACAAGACAUAGCCAACAUCAGAAGUGCAAACGACAAACACAAGAAGCGCCUUUUUGCCGUCCAUUCUCUCCCACCAGCAACGUUUACCGGGGCACAGGCAAUACUUUGGGUACAAAUCACAAAUCUACCUACAGUGAGUUACUCUCAAAGUGUGGAUUCUUCUCAGUGGCAUGUUCACCUUUUCAUGCCAAAUAUAUUUCAUAUGCUGGGAGUGUAUGAAUGACUGCCAAGCCAUUUAAACCUCAAUCAUCCACUCUACUGUCUUCUUGAACAGCUAGCUAUCAUAACAACUCAUAAAUCCACUGAACUGCCAACAUACGGAACUAUAAUAUUUAUUACUGAAAAACUGUAAAUUGUACAGGUAUUGCUCUCUUUAAAGCAUGAUCUGUCUUCCAGUUAUAAUGAACUUUACGUUAGGAUUAAAUACAUUGUGAUGAUAUGGAGAGGAAGGUCAAAGGGGCAACACAUGUUAAAUCUUACUUCUGACAAAUCUGAACAGGAUCUAUUAAAAUAAACCAGGAAAUAGUCAUUGUAUUAUAGAUUUCAAACUAAGUGUCCCUCGCCUUCAGUUGGGUUAAGAAAAUAUAAUCAUUUCUUAAGAAAUAAAAGUGCAGGAUCUGUAGAAACCACCAAAGAGGAAGUCAUCCAAAACAGCAGUUCAUUAUGUUCUGUAGCUGUCAUAUCUGUGGAGUUAAUAGCUGCAGAAUCAGCCAUGAAUGGUGCAGACGAUGCAAAAUGUAAAUCUGCUCCGUUGCAUUUUAAUCUACGCAGCAACAGUUUCUUUUCUCUUUCUCUUCUCGCUAGGAGCAAACUAUCAGCGCUCCAACAGCUGCCUGGAGUUGUUACUGUUUUCUGUGUUGCUACAAGUUCUCUGUCUUUUCACCACAGACAAUCCAAAUGGUGCCCCAACUUAUGUUCUCCAAUUGAACCUCCAAUUGACUUCCUGUCGUCCAAAAUUUGCUAAAUUAUUUCUUCAAAAUGAGCAUGAAAAUCUGAUUGCAAUGUUACCUCAUUUUCUCAUUGUAGAGAAUAAUCUCAGGUCUUGAGGAGAAUUAAGCAACUGCCGUAACUUUUUUUUUUGUGCUUAUUUUACUUUUAUGUUUACAUAACCGCUCAUCUCAAAGGUCUGCUUUGCGAAACAUCCUUUGUAUAACAUCAUGUGGAUGUAAAGAUUGUGUAAAAAUACUUUGAAGAGUGUAGUGUAGUUAGGAAAUGUAUUCAAACAAGUUGAAAUAGAGUUUUAUUACAUUAAUAUUUUCUUGUAAUAAAGCCAUAUUUCUUUUAUUUAACCCCUCAGACAUAAAAUGUUAAAACCUGCUCAAACAGGGAUUUGGUUGUGGGUGAGCUGUGCUUACUGUUUGGACAAGCUGCUUAUGUUUAACUUGUUCGCUGGUGGGCUUCGCUUAGUUCUUAAAGGAAGCUGAAAAGACGUUUCUCUCCAUCAGGUACUCCGAUUGCACUGAUUCCCUCUGUGUCCUGUGGACAUGACCUUGUACUCAUUUGCUGAAUGUUUGUCCGACACUAGAAUAAGAGUUUUUGUUUACAGUUUACAUCUCAAUGUCAGAGGAGGAAGGUCGGUGCAUCACGUGGAUGUCGUGACUUCUGUUGAUUGUUUACAGGACUUAUGUUGUAAAAGAUUGUGUUCAGUAUUUCAGAAAUUCAUGCACUGGAUGAGUUUAUAUGAAAGCAUGUCGUCAUGAGGUUGUUGCGCACUACUUUUAUUUUUUUUGACAUUUCUUGUGCAUUUCAUAGAUUGAUUUAUUUAUUUGUCCUCAAAUCCUCCAGAACUGCAACUGUAGCUUAGCUGGUUAAAAAUAUUGUGGUCAAUGAUAAGAAUUUAUGUCUAUACUAUAUAUGUUGCACUUUGUAUUUAAGUAUUAAAUCACACUAAGUAUACAUA